GACUAUCGGGAAUGACCCAAUGUCCACUCAUACUAAAAUCACUACUAAGAAAUUCCUCAUUCUAGUUUUCACAUCCAAAUAAUAGGUAUAGUCUCCUCCUGCUCUUGCUUGCUUUUUCUUGCUCAUUCCAUACUACUUAUCUUGAUAACUGUAGAAACACAUAUUGCUCUUGCUCUUGUCUGUUAAGUUGCCUUUUUUGUUGCCUUGUCUGUCUGCUGCCCAGCUCGUGUGAUUACUUUGUUCCACAACACACACAACCCAAGUUUGGAAACUGAAGAAUUUGUGUUGAUCACCCAUGAGUAUGCGAGAUAGUAAUCACAGCGAAUAGAUUUCAACUCAUUUCAUCUCAAAUCAAUUAAAUUCGACAAAUGAUUAGCAUCUAAGACAUAAUGUUCUCUUCGUCGCCGUCAAUGGCGAUGGCUGCUUUUCCUUCCCCUCAGCAACGACGCAGACAUACAGCUCGGGAUCCAUAUUCAUACCUGGAACAAUGGGAAACUUCCGGUACCCGUUCGGCGCGACGACGAAGACGAAGAAGAAGACGAUUCCGUUAUAGAAGGGAAGCAAGAUUUCUACUGACUAUCUUGGUGACGCUUCUAUUGGUUGUAUUUCUGGUGACUGCUAUAAACUUUUUGGUUGCGUCAACAACAGCUGCGAACAGCAUCAACACUGGUUUAAGCUCGCCGUCGUCAUCGAUAGAUCACACCAACRGGCCAUCCGUAUUUUACUCUCUUGUUCUUCCAGCUGCUGAAAUUGUCGGCGUUAUCAUUGCCAUCGUCGCUUUUCGCRGUAAUGCAGCUGUGUGGCAACAAUUUUUUUGGGCGGAUCCAACAGCGACUAACAGUCCGUAUAACACUAACGCUUUCACGGCAUCGAUGACGGUUGCACAAACCUUGGAGGUGUUCAACCGAGARCGAUCUGCCAGAGGAGAAUCGACCGUAUCCGAAGAAUCCAUUACAGCAUAUGAGCGGUUCUUGCGAGAUCUAGCAUUUUCGGUUGUGAUAGCGAACUCAUCGGCAGAGACUCCCACCAAUAGAUUUCCAAUCAACAAUGAUAGGAACACCAAAGGAGUAACGAAAGAGCAGUUGGAAAAAAUCUGCCCCGAACGUACAAUUUUGAUCCCAAGAAAUAACAAUKUGAAGGAUGAUGGAAUCUACUCMAAGUGUGUGGAUUCUUUGUGUGGAGAAGAUUUUUUCUCAUUCCAGACGGAAUGUGGCAUUUGCCUGGAGGCUUACGAUACAGAAAUCCCAGACGACAGAACAAGUAACAAUAAUAGAAAUGAUGACAGCGACAUUGAAAGAAACAAAUAUGCUUUGAGGGGAAGGAAUGUCGUCACCGUGCGAACGUUACCCUGCAACCAUGUCUUCCACAGUCGAUGUAUCGAUCUGUGGUUGCUGAAACGGUCGACAAAUUGCCCAAUCUGCAAGCGUUCAGUUCUCCUCCCCCGUCCACCUUGGCCCCGAUCCAAGGAAAUCGAUAACAAUGACGGGACCGAUGCCRAGAUGAGCGAUAUUCGUGUCUUGUGAAGGCUGUUGAAACAGUGAAGGUGUGAAUGCCACCAGGCGCACUAAAUCGCACCGGGCGAGGUCAGGGACUAAAACAGUGUCAUUAUUAAGGAGCCGCGUGUAGUGGAAAUGAAGCUUAGUAGUAAUGUUAAUGAUGAAACAACAGCUGGUAGGUAUCAAGUGAUGAYAGGAACAGCUGCCUAAAGAGGAGCUGGUAGACCGAGUGUCAAGGGAUGAUGCAUGCAGAACUGUUGAAGUUGAAGGGAUCUUGCAGGAAGUAAGAUCCAGCUAAARCUCAAAGGAAGAGUAUGAGUGAAAGCAAUAAAUGAGUGUAAGAGGAGUGAAUUCCGGCACGAGGGCCGUGAUUCUUAGAGCUGGAGUGAGAGCUCAUAUUUCAAGGAUCAAGGAUCUAGGAAUAGUGAAUAAGAUAGAGAACACUUUAUUUCACCAGAAUCAGUAUCCCCAAUUCUCAACAAAGGCCCGAAGCAAGAAAAUUGUUACACAAAUAUUCAUUUUUGUAUUGAGGAUUCAAGAGCUGCCCAAAACACAUCGUUGUCGAUUACGCUGUACUCCAGCACGAUACAUAAUCGKGUUUUGUCAACAGCCUCCCAUAAUUCAUUGUUAGCCCAAAUUCCAAUGUACCAACGAUCAACAACGCCGAAAACAACAACAAAAAGUAAAGUAUUAACUGCUUCUAAUAACACACUAACAGCUAG